AUGCGUCUGAUCUGCAACAGUCUACAAAAGGGCCAGACGGUCCUCCUCCCGUCCAUGACGGUCAUCAUGCACAACGGCGAAAGAAGUGAGCUGGUUCGAUGCAUGAUAGAUGUGGGCUCACAAGCGUCAUACAUCAGCGAAGAGUUGGCAGUGAAGCUUGGUUGUCCACUGCAGGCACCCAAGACAACAUACAAAGUCAAAACGUGCAUCGGCGUACAGGAAAAGAACUACAGAGCGGCUACGUCCGACAUCAUCUUCACUCCAACCGCUUCGGCCCACCACUGCUUCCUGGUUGAUCCGGAAAUGAGUCUGGAAUACGAGAUCCCUGGCGUGACGUCCCUGGUGCAGUUCCUGAGAGCCCAAGGAGUGCGUCUGGCCGACUCGUUCUUCAGUCACAGCACCAACGACGUCAUCGGUGGCUUCGAAUGUCUGCUAGGAGCGGACAUCAUCGGUGCAAUCAAGCCCAUGAGAAGUGUAGAUCUGGGGACAGGUACUGCCUUCGAGGUACAGGACGGCCUCAUCCUCUUCGGAAGCGUCGACGGAUACUUCGAGCAGCUGAACCUGAAAGACAACACUGAACAUGAUGAAGGCACAGACGAAGCUCAUGGUGAAGGUGGACCGAGCGACUCAAACGAGCAAGAAGACGAUGGCGGAGACAGUUCUCGGAGCGAUGACAACGGUUCCGGUGGACGGUCAUCACCACUACCAGGCAACGUGAACACAAACAACUCAAACAUCAACAGCGUCAAACGCAGCACUCAAACCAGUGGCAACAGGUCUCAGCAAGGAGAUUCCUGCAUGCUACAAGAUAGAUCUACACGUGGGAAACAGGAAGGUGAGACAUCGACACAUCUGUUGGUGCAGGCAACACUACAUCCUAAAACUUCAUACUUCCACCCACUGGCCCACGUAUCAAGUGACAGUGACGUGGAUCUCCAGCUUGAGCAUCUCUUCAGCAUCGAGAGCCUUGGCAUCCGAGAGACAGAUGAAAGUGUCUCGGCUCGAGAGCGCAGACUGGUAGAGGAAUUCUCCAACGAGGUGGAGCUGAGGGACGGCAAGUACUUCGUCAGGGUACCGUUCUACGACAGCGUCACCAAGGUUCCUGGAAACCACGACAUAGCUCUCGCGACAAUGAAGAAGGUGCGAAACAAGCUCGCCAAACGCGACCUCGCAGAUUCAUACACCGCAGUCUUCGAGCAGCAACUCCGAGACGGCAUAAUCGAAGAGGUCGAUUACAACAAACCAAGUACCAACCAGAGGGUGUUCAUCCCGCAUCACCCUGUGGUGAAAACCGAUGCACAAACCACUACAAAAAUCCGUCCAGUCUUCAACUGCAGUUUGAAGAUCGGAGAUCGGCCAUCACUCAACGAAGCAUGCUUCAGAGGUGUCGACCUGCUGAACGACCUGGUCACCCUCUUGAUGAAGUUCCGCACAAACAAGCACAUUCUUCUUGCUGACAUCGAGAAGGCGUUUCUGCAAAUAUAUCUGAAGUACGAAGAGGACAAGGACAAGUUCUGUUUCCUCUGGGAGACGGAUGACGGUCUGAAGAUGUACCGCUUCCGUACCAUCCUCUUUGGCCUCAACUUACCGUUCAUUUUGAGCCACAUCAUCCAGAUUCAUCUGUCCAAAUACUCGACAACGAUGGCGGCUAUUAUGAAAGAGGGAGGUUUCAACCUCAGGAGCUGGAUGUCCAACUUCUCUCCACUUGUCGACAUCAUGAUGUCUGACAACAUGGUCAACGAGCACGGCGCCGUCACAGAGAAGGUGCUGGGAUACUUGUAUGACGCCAAACAAGAUACAAUAUCACUAUCCGACUUCAACUUCGAAGAAAACCAACAGGGCAUCACAAAACGUCAACUUCUGAGCAACGUCAGUAAGGUCUUCGACCCGCUGUCUCUUGCACUGCCAGUCACCAUCAGGGGAAGAAUCCUCAUGAAGCAGGUGUGGACCGAAGGGACAGCAUGGGACGAAGACGUGUCGCCGGCUGUGCUAGCCGAGUGGCAGCGACUGAAGAAGGAUCUCCUGUCUUUGCGUGAGUUCCAGUUCUCAAGAGAAACCGGUGACACUGAAAGUGGCCAACCAACAGACCUCCAUCUCUUCUGCGACGGGAGCAAGACAUCCUACGGGUUCGCUUGCUAUCUGAAGCAGGAGGGCUCAGACCCUCAACUGGUCUUUGCCAAAAGCAAGCUCGCACCAGAUAACAGAAGCAUACCACAGAUGGAGCUGCUGGCGGUGUUCCUCGCUCUGAAGUGCCUGCCACUCAUCAUCGACUCCAUCAACGCUUCCAUCCGUCACGUCCGUCUCUGGAGUGACGCACAGGUGGUGCUCGAGUGGCUUGCAUCUGGAUGCAAGUCAAAGAGCAAGUUCACUGCAAACCGUCUUGAAGACAUCACAGCCAUGAAGUUGAAACUCCAUCAUCAGCAUCAAGUUGAAGUCACUCAUCACUACGUUUCUACUGACAGCAACGUGGCUGACAUGCUCACACGGGGCCUGUCUGCGAAGGAGUUCCACAAGAAGCUGGCCGUCUGGUGUCACGGACCAGACUGGCUGGGAGAUCAUCCUGAGCAGUGGCCCAAGAGUCCUCUUCACUGCCUGUCGGAAGAAGGGAAAGUCAUGGUUGAGCUCCAACAACAUCAUCAACAGGUGGAGAUCAACACUGAAGCACAAACGCCCGCGACUCAGAUUAUUCUCAGCAUCAAGGACUUCUCUUCUCUUCGAAGACUGCAUGGGGUGACGGCUCGAGUGUUUCACUUCGUGAACGUGCUGAAGCACAGGGAGGCUGAUGCCAAGGAGCAAGCAACACACUACUGGUUGAAGGUGAUGCAGGAGAAUGCGUUCACUGAAGAGAUCAGCUACCUGCAAGACAAACAAGAGAACAAGUUAGUCAACUCAGCCUCAGUACCCAAGCUGGUGAAGGAAUUGAAUGUCUUCAUAGACAAGUCAGGUCUGCUAAGAUGCAGAGGACGCUUGUCGAAACUUAACCGAUACUCAUACGCUGUACACAAUCCCAUUCUCCUGGAUAAAACCCAUCGGCUGACAACGCUCAUGAUUGAAGAUCAACACCGACGAUGCAAACAUCUGGGAGUCGGCACGACGCUCACAGAACUGCGAGAGCACGGGUACUGGAUCCCAAGUGGUCGUCAGGUCGUCAAGCGAGUUCUGAAGGACUGCAUCACGUGUCAGAAGCUGAACGCAUUGGCUUUCGAGUACCCGAAGAUGACGAACCUCCCAAGAGAACGAGUCAGUCUGAUCAAGCCAUUCUGCAACACAGCAAUCGAUUACACUGGACACAUCUUAGUUGAAGACACGAAUGGAGAGAUGAGGAAGAUGUACAUUGUACUGUACACCUGCCUUGCCAUUCGCUGUGUACAUCUCGACCUUGUCCCCGACUUAAGCCUGGGUUCGUUCCUGCAGUCAUUCAGACGAUUCUGCAGCACAUACGGCGUGCCAGAGUUCUUGUAUACCGACAACGCUAAACAGUUCCUUGCAAGCCAGAGGGUAUUGAUCAAUGUAUUCACCUCAGACGAGUUUCAAGAAUAUCUUACUGAACAAAGCAUCAAGCACAGCACCAUCCCGGUUUACGCCAGCUGGGUUGGCGGAGUCUACGAGAGACAAAUCAAGACGGUAAAGCACUGCUUAUACAAGACAGUAGGAAGAGCCAAACUUGGUUACUUCGAGCUCCUCACACAGCUCAGCGAGAUACAAAACAUGGUCAAUAGCCGACCGAUCACUUACGUCUACAGUGAGAUUGAUGAUAUCGAGCCGUUGACACCCAACAAAAUACUCAAGCUACACACAAACCCGAGACUCCAGCUGGUGGACAGUUCACACGCAACUGACCCGCUGUGGGUUUCGACGCCUCAAGAUGUUCACCAACAACUCAACAAAACCCUGCACGAGCAGCAACAUCUUCAAGAGCACUACAAGAGCAUGUGGUACCGUGAGUACUUGCUUGGUCUACGCGAGAACUCGCGAGACCUAUUCCACACAGACUGGGAUGACAAGAUUGCUGUCGGUGAUGUCGUCCUCAUCAACACCAAGAAUAAGCCUAGAAUGUUCUGGCUAAUGGGAAGAGUCCUACAGCUUCUGCAUGGAGAUGACGGACGUGUGCGUCAAGUGCUCUUGAAGACGAGCACAGGACGCAUUGAACGCUACGCCAUAUCGCACCUCUACCCGCUGGAGCUACAGAGUACCCACACAGGUCAAGACAGCACAGAUGGCAGCACCAGGUGCCCUGAUGAGCCGACUACGCACAACACCGAGACCGAGUCAAGCCCAGAGACAUCAGAGAGGGCUGCGAGACCUCCACGAAGAAGGGCAGCCAUCAAGCAAACCGAGAUGGUCAAGUCCCUGCUACAAUCAGGCAGCAUCUAA